CGUUCUUAAACAGGUUUUGCUCAAGGGUAUCAAGUACCGCAUCGGUUUGUAUUACCUGGACAAGGUUAGAGAGGAUUCCAGAGGCUUUUUCAGAGCCAAUUACAAGAACGACGUCACUUCCUGCUGCCACCAGGGUUGGUUCGGUGGAACGCAAAUGCAGGCGACCGACGCCCGUCGAGUUCUUCCAUGCCUGGACGAGCCGGGAUUCAAAACGACUUUUGACGUGGUUGUCGGUCACAGCAACGCCAUGACGGCCCUGUCCAACAUGCCCGAAAUUUCCAGCCGUGCCAUGACAACCACGCGCGAUUGGAUGUGGACGACAUUUUCACGGUCGCCGCCCAUGCCCACCUAUUUAUUGGCCAUGUUCGGUACGGACUAUGAGAGUUUGGAGACGAUUUUAUCAGUUGGACGCUGCCCCAUCUCAAGGAAUCCAUGGCGGUCGCCAUGCAUCACCUGCUCGACUAUUUGGUGA